AUUUUAUUACUGCAAUUUUGCAGAUAAAUUAUGCAUAGCUAGAGCAUUGUGGAUUUUAUACCCACCUUCAAAACCAAUCAAGAUCCCGGGCUGUGCUGAGAGUGGAGAGAGCUUGUGAAUGGUCCAACAACCCGCCCAAAAGAACAUCUGGAGCCGAGCACACACCAGAAACCUCCAAGUUUCUGGCUCCAGAUUAUACCAGGACUGAAGAAUUAAGGAAAGAGGAUAUCUUAUUCUCGCUGUUUCAUUUAUGAAUCUGCAAGAAGAAACAUGUAAACAUGUGUAAGAUUCACAUCUAGACAGAGGACAUUGGGUAAAAUUGUGUCGAAGGGUGAAGAAAAGAAGGUGCUCAGUGGAUUGAGUGUAGAAUCUCAGCUUUGCAACUGCACCCUUUUUUUUCCCUCAGCAGUCCUGACUUAAAGAGCUCAAUGGCUUCCAAAAAAGUUAAGAACAGGGGCGUGAAAUCUCUUAAAGAAGUCCGGACAGUCACUGAGGGUUUGAAGUUUCUCUACAGACAGAAGUUACUUCCUCUGGAGAAGCAUUACAGCUUUGCAGACUUUCAUUCGCCCAGUCUGGAAGAUGCAGACUUCGACAACAAGCCAAUGAUCCUGGUGGUGGGUCAGUGUUCAACAGGGAAGACGACUUUUAUUAGGUAUCUUCUUGAGCAAGACUACCCAGGAGGUAGAACUGGGCCUGAACCUACAACAGACUGUUUCACUGCUAUCAUGCACAGUGAUGUUGAUGGAGUGGUCCCAGGCAACGCUCUUGUGAUGGACCCCAAAAAGCCUUUCCGAAAGCUCAACUAUUUUGGCACCACCUUUCUUAACCGGUUCCAGUGUGUGCACUUUCCAAACCAGGUUUUGGAAAGCCUCAGCAUUAUUGACACUCCAGGAAUUUUGUCUAGCACUAAGAAAAGGAUGAGCAGAGGCUAUGAUUUCCCAGCAGUCCUUCGCUGGUUUGCUGAGCAUGUGGACCUUAUCAUCCUCCUGUGCGAUGCCCACAAACUGGAGCUCUCGGACGAGUUCUCUCGCUCCAUCAUGGCCCUACGAGGACACGAAGACAAGCUACGCGUGCUGCUCAACAAGGCCGACAUGGUGGAUUCGCAGCAGCUGAUGCGGGUUUACGGAGGCCUGAUGUGGUCGCUGGGCAAAGUCAUUUGCACCCCGGAGGUCCUAAGAGUCUACAUCGGCUCCUUUUGGUCCUCUCCAUUCAGGACAUCAGAGAACCGUGUUCUGUUUGAGCGAGAGGAGGAAGACCUCUUUAAUGAGAUCCAGAACCUGCCUCGCAACUCUGCCUUAAGAAAAUUAAAUGACCUGGUGAAGAGGGCACGACUUGCAAGGACCCAUGCUUACAUCAUUAGCUUUCUAAAGGAGAAAAUGCCCUUAUUUCAUCGAGAUAACAAAAAACGUGACCUGAUCUACGACCUUCCAGUCGUUUUCUCGAGUCUUCAACAACGGCAUCGGAUCUCGGCUGGAGAUUUUCCUGAUUGCGCAAAGAUGCAGAAACGACUCAUGGAUCAUGACUUCACCAAGUUUAAAACUCUAAAACCCAAAUUUAUAGCAGGUUUGGAAGAGCUCCUGACGAACGACAUAGCCAAGCUGAUGCCUCUUCUACAUCAAGAGGAACUUGCAGCAGCAGAGCAGCCUGGUGUCCAAGGCGGUCCCUUACUUGGAAUGAACAGAGGCCCUUUUUUUGAAGGGAACCCAUUCUAUUAUUUAGGGCCCAACAAAGAGUGUGAGGAAAACCUCACUAAAGAAGCUUGGGUGAUCUAUAAAGACAAGCCGAAAUAUGAUGAGAUCUUCUACAACCUGUCUCCUCAGGAUGGCAAGCUCAGCGGGAUGAAAGUGAAGGACUGGAUGAUCAGCACUCAGCUGCCAAAUUCGGUCUUGAGUCGAAUUUGGAAGUUGUCUGAUGUGGAUGGAGACGGCAUGCUAGAUGACGAAGAGUUUGCUUUGGCCAGCCACCUUAUUGAGGUGAAGUUAGAGGGCUUCGGGCUUCCUUCCAAGCUCCCUGCUGACUUGGUGCCACCGUCCAAAAGAAGACGCAAAGCCUCGAGCACGGAGAACAGGAAAGACUGUGGGGGGGUGUAGAGUCGAUUAGCUUAAUCGAGUGGAUAGGUUUUUCUUGGAUUUAUGCACUCAAACAACUCAUGCCAUGUCCAUAUGGUAAAAGUAUUAUUGUUGCCUUAUUAUUCAAACAUAAAUCGACAUAAUUAGAUAUUCUUUUCAAUAAUCCCAUUAUACAGCAAUGUACAACAAGAGUUUUCAUAUUUACCGUGAAUCAGGUGCACCAUGUUAGAAACAUCCAAAUACAAUUUACCAUUUCAUAUAAAUGUUUAACAUAUAUUGCAGUUAGACUAAAUGUCAUUUAUUUAUGACAUUACUUCAGUAACAAUGACUAUAACCUCUAUAAGAACAGUAAAUAGUGCUAAUUAACAGUUUAUCAUCAUCAUCCUGAUAUUAUUGGAACUAAUAAAAUAUCAA